AUGCAAACUAACACUCCCUUCAAGUAUAAAUUGCCCGCCGUGAACACCGCCGUUCAAGGUCGUGGAGGCAAACUUGACGCAGACCAUUUUCGAGGCUGUUUGCCUUAUGCACUGCACAGUCUUGUUGACUUGGAAUGGUUGACAGCAUUAGUUUCUUUUUCAGAAGCUACUGAUGAUGUUGAACAGCUUGUAAAAAAAAUUAGCAACUUUUCGAAUGAUUCCAAUACUGAGGUUAGUGAUUUGGAUACCAUCAAAACUGAUCUGUCUUUAUGCUACGCCUUUAAUGCUUUGUUUUUCAUGUAUCUGAGGUGUAAUGGUGUAGAAACUCAAAGCCAUCCUAUUAUGCAGGAAUUGGAUCGUGUAAUGAAUGCGUUGAAAAGGUGUAGAUCGUUAGUCGAAAGAGAAGGCUCUGCACGUUUGAAAUUGGACAAAGAAGCUACAACAAGAUUUGUAAAACAUGCCUUAUGGAAAUCUGCUCAUACUAAAACUAAGAAACGUCGCAUGGAUUCAUCUAGUUAG